UUAUUUUCUAAAAAAUAAUUCCAUUUCAAUCAAAUCCACCCCUGUUGUUUUUUUUACUCUCAAUAGUCCAAACUAAUUCCAAUGCCACAACAAAACACUUUCAAACAAGAGUUCACAAUCUUUACUUUCAUCUGAAUUAGAGUUCAAAUUUGUGAUUUUUUAAAAAUUCUGAUCUUACAAUUCAACUAUUCGUUUCUUGAAAAUCAAUACUUUCGCUCCAGUUCCUGGUCAAAUUUUUUGCAGUAUGUUCCGUGAAAUCUUUGUUGUUGUACGCAAUCCGUUCGAUAAAAUCCCCGACUGAAUAAACUAUCAGAAUUUUCAGUUUUUACCCCCACCGAUGAUGUCAACUUGCCAUUGCAAUGUCUUUCGUUUCAUGCAUCUUGUUCGAUAAAAUACCUGACUAUUAAAUCUCAAACCAGAAUUGUCCAACUUUACACACCAAUCCUAGUAAUGUUCCUUAGACGAGCUAGAACAAUCUUGCACUUCAAUCAGAUAAUUUCAAAAUGUUGCAACGCGAAAAUUUCAGCUACAAACGAGUUGAAAAACUACCCUUGUGCAUUAUACUCAACUGGGUUGAGAUAUGUUGAGCUACCAAGAAGGCUUAGCAAGUCUGAUAAAAAGCCAUGGGUAACUGAUAUAAAUGAAGUGAAACGUCAAGCUAGGUUGGAAAAGAAAGAGAGAAAAGUGGUUAGAGAGGUCAUUUUAAGCCCUCCCGAAAAUGGGCUGUUGGUAAAAGAACUAAUACCAGUUGCUCACGAAGUUUUAGCUGCCAGAAGUGAGUUAUUCACUUGCAUAUCCAUAGUUGCUGAUAGCAUUCCUAUUUAUUCUUGCAGUGUUUGUGGAGAAGUUCACGUGGGCAGUCCACCACACCAAAUCAGAACAUGUAAUGUAAGCGGCAGUAAGAACAACAAAGAGCAUACUUGGGCAAGUGGUGGCAUUGAGCACAUAUUGCCCGUCGUGGAAUCUUUUCAUCUGUAUGAUAGGCUGGGAAGAGCCGUUUCACAUAAUGAGCGGCUGCAAGUGGAUCGAAUUCCAGCUGUCGUGGAACUGUGCAUUCAGGCCGGUGUGGACAUUCUUGAGUACCCGACACGAAGAAGAGAAUUCCCUGUUUACUUUGUUGCUGGGAGGAUGAUAGAUUUCGAAAAGAGGUUCUCCAAAAAUGAUUUAUCCCGAAAGGACAUAGAGACCUUCGGCUUUUGGGAGAUGAUGAAGAGGUCGAAUGACAGUAGAAAGUCUUCAAAUGUCCCUCAUAAUGACCUUAAAGGUAUUGCAGCGCAAGGCAUUGUGGCGUGGGAAAAAAUGAGGUCAGGAGUCAUUGAACUUGUGCAGAAGUAUGCUGUCAAAACAUGCGGGUAUUGUUCGGAAGUCCAAGUAGGGCCCAAGGGGCAUAGGGUGCGGCAAUGCCAAGCAUUCAAGCACCAGAUGAGGGACGGGCAACAUGCCUGGCAAGAAGCAAAUAUAGAUGAUAUUGUUCCAUCCGUGUAUGUGUGGCAUGUUCACGAUUCACAAGACAGACUUUUGGUCGAUGCUUUGAAGAGAUACUACGGAAAGUUGCCCGCAGCAGUUGAAUUGUUUUCACGAGCUGGAGCUGAGGUUGGGACGAAAUAUAGUGGUACGUGGGGAGAUGUAGUCGUACCUGGAUUGGAUGAGGAAAAGUUGGUUGUUUGAAGGUGUAAAUCUCUUAGCAGAUGUAACGUAACGAUACCAUGAGCGCUUUAGGAUGUUCUCAAGAUAUGUUUUCAUAUACUGCUACGCAAUUACAACUCGUUUUUGCUUUAUGGAUACAAAACUCCCAUCCUUUAGCACCUGGUGCAAUAGCAAGCACCAGUUUAACUUAGGGGUGGGGACUGAGUAACUGUGGGUGGUAAAGUGAUUUUGCUACUUAUUCCAUUAGAAACUACAAUUUUUUGGUA